AUGUCGCCAGCCCAGCCCGCACUUGAGUCACAGCCGCGCAAAGUAUUUUUUCUUACAAAUUUUAAUAAUUUCUCUCUUGGUGUCCAUAUAAAAAUGUUCUUAAAUCACAAAUUCAAACUUGUAAUAUUUUAUAGUUAA